CAAAAAUCACGUUGGGCAACUGUUGAGGAAGAAUAUGGACGGUACCUGUGCAUAUAUAAACCGACAAACAGCUAAACGUAUAUGAAGAUAUAAAGGAACUAAAAUUGUGGAAAUAAUCCAUCAUAUUAUCUUCUCGCUUUUCAUCGAUCCAAAUUGCAUUCCACCGAAUACACAAAUACAUUUUAGAUUUGAGUCCACACGUUUUGUUUCUCAUUCCUCGUGAGAGAGGAGCUUAAAAAAAAAGGUAAAGUCUUGGCUAAUACUUUUCGUACUGGGCCGAGAUUUUGCCUCAUUUUUUUUGUUCUCCGAUAAUGGCCAGUUGGGUUCUAUCGGAUUGUGGCUUGAGGCCGCUCCCAAGAAUUUACCCCAAACCAAGAACUGGCCAUGUCCAAUCUUCAUUGAAUUUCAACCCCCAAAAUCUGAGAUUCUCGAGAACAAUUCAGGGGAUUAAUUCUUUCUCAAGUUUAUCAAUUGGGAUUGAUAGAACCAGGAGAUGGGGUUUGAAAGUGAGUGCACCUUUGAGAGUACAGCAAGUCGAAGAAGGGAGAAAUGAAGAGGGCACAACGAUUAAUCAAGUCGAAGAAGAGUAUUUUGACUCUGGGGCACCGCCUCCGUUUAAGCUGUCUGAUAUUAAGGCAGCUAUUCCUAAGCACUGUUGGGUAAAAGAUCCAUGGAGGUCUAUGAGCUAUGUUAUGAGGGAUGUGGCUAUUGUUUUUGGAUUGGCUGCUGUGGCUGCUUAUCUCAACAGUUGGGUUGUUUGGCCUUUGUAUUGGUUUGCUCAGGGGACUAUGUUCUGGGCUCUCUUUGUUCUUGGCCAUGACUGUGGGCAUGGGAGCUUUUCAAACAACCCCAAUUUGAAUAGCGUAGUCGGUCAUCUUCUACACUCUUCGAUUCUUGUCCCUUACCAUGGAUGGAGAAUUAGCCAUAGGACACAUCAUCAGAACCAUGGACAUGUUGAAAAUGACGAAUCUUGGCACCCAUUAUCUGAGAAGAUUUUCAAGAGUUUAGAUAAUGUCACCAAGAAAUUAAGGUUCACAUUGCCUUUUCCUCUACUGGCAUAUCCCAUCUAUCUGUGGAGUAGAAGCCCUGGGAAAACGGGAUCUCAUUUCCACCCAGACAGUGACUUGUUCGUUCCAAAUGAGAGAAAAGAUGUAAUAACAUCGGCUCUUUGUUGGACAGCUAUGGUGGCAUUGCUUGCUGGUUUAUCAUUUGUAAUGGGUCUUGGUCAAGUGAUAAAACUGUAUGGCAUACCUUAUUUGGGUUUUGUAAUGUGGCUGGACUUGGUCACAUACUUACAUCACCAUGGGCAUGAGGAAAAGCUCCCUUGGUACCGUGGGAAGGAAUGGAGUUAUCUUAGAGGUGGACUUACGACCCUUGAUCGUGAUUAUGGUUGGAUUAAUAACAUCCACCACGACAUUGGGACACAUGUGAUUCACCACCUCUUCCCGCAAAUCCCUCACUACCACUUGAUAGAAGCUACUGAAGCAGCGAAACCUGUUUUAGGUAAGUACUAUCGAGAGCCACAAAAAUCAGCCCCCCUUCCAUUGUACUUGCUGGGAGUCCUUUGGAGGAGUAUGAAGAAGGAUCACUAUGUGAGUGACAAUGGUGAUAUUGUUUACUACCAAACAGAUCCAGAACUCAGUGGAGCUAAAAACCCAUAGAAAAAUGGCAUUGAGUAGUUAUUACAUAUAUGAAAGUUAUGAAUUCUUCUGCCAGAUUUGGCCAACUCUUUUUUUGGCCACUAAUUACUUGUUGGUAGUAUGAGAUCUUUCUUAUGUAAACGAGUACUUGCGCUAACUGUUGAUGUGCAAGUUAUGCCUGCAAUUUGACAAUUAGGAAAAUCGUGUUACUUUUUCCAAA